GCGGCUGGGCUGCUGGGGAGUCUCCUCCGUGAGGGAGGCUGGAAAUGGCGGCUGGGCGGGGGGAGAAGAAGAGGAGGCGGCGGAGGAGGAGGAGGCCGGCGGCGACGGCCACCGAGACGACCCUGCCGGGGCCCCCCUGCUCUGCGGCGCCGAGGCCGGGACGCCGAGACUGAGAGGAGGGAAGGAGCGGCGCAGGCGAGACCCCCCCACUCGCCCACCCCCCACAAAGCACAUGCGAGUGUUGGAAGCUAAAGCUACCAAAGAAGUUGAAAGAAAACUAACCAGGGAAUUGGUGCAAGAGGAGGAAGAACAGUUGAUGGAAGAAAAGAAAAAGAGGAAAGACGACAAGAAAAAGAGAGAAGGUGCUCAGAAGAAGGCCACUGAACAAAAAAACAAAGUGCUGGAACCGGCCAAGCCUGGUGUCAAUCAGCUGCUACCUGUCGCCUCCACUGCCGGCACGUCCACAGCAACCAGCGGUGUUGGUGGCAAUAAUAAUGCCAAACGGGCUUUGGUCAGCAAUCAGCAGCAGCAGCAGCCCUUGCCUCGCUACCCACCUCGCGAAGUACCUCCACGGUUCCGGCACCAGGAACAGAAGCAACUCUUGAAGCGAGGGCAGCCGCUACCAGGCAUAGCUGCAAACCUGGGGGCAGCAUCUAAACUGCUGGACAGCCAGUCCGAAGGUCGCCCAAGUGAGCAGCCUGCAGCUGGUGGCGAAGUGCAGCACAGCAGCAGAAAGCAAGCAGAUCUGAAUCACAGCACACAAGGAUCCCAUUAUGAGAACUCUCACUGGGGAACAACAGUCUCUUCCAGUAGUGGUGAUUCCAGCACAAACUGGGAUAAAGUUAUUGUAGACGGCUCAGACAAGGAGGCAUGGCCCUCAAUUACGGGCAGUGACUUGGAGCUGGCUUCAGAAUGUGUGGGCGCUGACUCCGCCACUGCCUCGAGUUCCAGCUCAGAGAGGAAUCUCACUAUCAUGGCUUCCAGGGGCCCAGGCAGUGAAGUGAGUGGUCUGCGGAAUGGCAUUGGACACUGUCCUCAGGCCAAGUUUGUCAAUGGCAGCAGCAGCAAUAAUGUGGGCAACGGGAGCUUGAGCAGGUCAUGGGGUGGCGUGUCUCUCAGCUCCGUUGUGAGCACCGCUGCGGAUGCUUCUGGCGGCAUAUCUGAAAGUAGCAACAAUAGAACGAACACUUGGGGUGCUCUCAAUUCAUCCAAUGGAGGAUUAAAUCCCAGCACUUUGAAUCCAAACGGCCACCGCGGUGCCUGGCCUGCCUUGGAGAAGAAUGGGCAUGCCCUGGAAGGGCCCGGAGGGAGCGGUAGCUGCAGCACAGGCGUAGGUCACAUAGCGAACAAUCAGAGCACGGGCUCCUCCAGCCGCGGCGGCUCCUGGGCCAGCCUCCAGGAAAACUGUGAUUCCCAAGCAAAUGGUACAAGGAAGGCGGCGUGGAGCGAGCAACCUCAGAACCUUAACCCUGAAGGGAAUGGACCAAAUAAUAACACUACUAACUUUAUGACCUCUAGUUUACCAAACCCUCCUGGUUCGAUGCAGGUGAAUGAACCGGCGAGUAGUAAUACAGGGCCUGGGGCCUGGGGUGUGAGUGCCAAGAGCAGUCGGUCUCCGCCCCAGGCCUCUCCAGUAAUAAGCAGCACUUCCGUUUCUCACCUGAGCAAUGGUGAAGCAAAAAAGGGUGGAACUCCUGGUACUACAUGGGGUGCCUACGGCCCUGCUUACUCCGGAGACACCUGUUUCAACAGCCAAGCCAAUAGCGACACUGUCAAUGCAAACCUAGUGCAGCCUGGGCUCAGUGGGGCCAGCAGCACUAACUUUGAAAUCAACGGGGAGAAAGGAGCAGGGGCCUGGGGAGCGGCAGGGGGGAUGGCCAAUGUCCAGAGCAUGCCGUGGGGGGGUGCAAUGGGAGCAGGCUCUGGAGGAGGGGGAGGGGGAGGAGGUGCCGGCAGCAGCAGCGGCAGCAGCCGGAGAGGCCCCGUCCAAAGCACCGACUUGGUGGUAGAAGGAGAAUGGAGCAAACUGCCAAGCAACCAACGUUCCUCCAAGGGCAGCCACGGGAACAGUAAGAAGUUUACAAACAUGCGGAAAUCUUCUGAGGAGGAGAGUGUCGCUGUUGACAUCCAGAAUUUUGCAGCAACUCAGAUUGUGGAGCAGAAUGGCGGAUGGACUAAAACAAGCAUUGGGGAUAGUGAGGGCAGCUCCGAGAGCCCGGAGGAGAGAUCUGCUGCGGAAGGGGCAAGCCAUGAAAGAAGAAAAGUUGACCAGCAAGCAUUGCUCCAAAGCAUAGUGAACAGAACCGAUUUGGAUCCACGGGUCCUUUCCAAUUCUGGUUGGGGACAGACUCCCAUCAAACAAAACACUGCCUGGGACACGGAGGUGUCCCCAAGAGGUGAAAAGAAGCCUGACAAUGGGACGGAGGCCUGGGGAAGCUGCGGGGCCCAAGCCAGCAGCUCAGGGGGUCGUAUGGAGAGGCCCAGCCUCAGUGGGAGCAAGGCAACUUUGUCAGGCCAAGGUUGGGGCGAUCCAAAGCCUGCUACGAGGUGGGGGGACUCCAAAGUCUCCAGCACCCAAGCGGGGUGGGAGGAGGGCCCUGCUUCUGCUGCACAGACCAAGGGCAGUCAGUCAUGGGGGAGUGGCAAAGAUGACAGGGGCUCAUCGUCGCCUUGGAGUGACCCAGAGAAGCUCAAACAAGGGUGGGGAGAUGGGCCAAAACCAAGCUCCGGGUGGGCAGCUGCUGCUGUUGACAGCUGGGGGGAGAACUUGAGAAGCAAUCAUUGGGGUGAGGUGAAAAAGAAUAGUUCCGGCAGCAGCGACAGUGACAGGUCAGCCUCUGGCUGGAAGGAAGCAGGCAAAUCUGGCGCUGUGUCCUGGGGGACCAGCAGCAACUCCACCAAGACAGCUAGCUGUGCAGGAUGGGAGGAGCCUGCCAAGCCAAGCCGCUCCCAGAGUUGGGGAGAGGCCUCCAAGCCCCCUCCUUCCCCAGACUGGAGCAAGCAACAAGACGUUGGGGGUUGGGGAGCGCAGCCUGCUGCAAGCAAACCGCCGGGCGUAGGAUGGCUGGGGGGGUCGAUGCCGGCACCAGCCAAGGAAGAAGAGCCCACUGGGUGGGAGGAACCGUCCCCAGAGUCCAUUCGCCGCAAAAUGGAGAUUGAUGAUGGAACCUCAGCUUGGGGUGAUCCAAGCAAGUACAACUACAAAAAUGUGAAUAUGUGGAACAAGAACACCCUGAAUGUCGGUAGUGGCUGUUCAGACCAGCAAGCGCAGGCACUGCAACAGGCGCUGCCUUCAAGUGCUGUGAGUGGCAUGGAAAAUGGCAGUGGCGGCAGCAGUUCCGGUUGGGGGGAGCCACUUCCUGCCCCUGUCACUGUUGAUAAUGGCACGUCGGCUUGGGGCAAGCCUGUUGACGCCGGAACAAGCUGGGGUGAAUCCGUCAGUGACACCAUGAGCACCAGCAGCUGGAGCAAUGCCCCUGAUGGGCAACAGGGUCCUCCUAGACCUGGACCUAAGUCUAUGCAAGUUCCAGAUGGCUGGUGUGGGGGUGAUAUGCCUGUGCCAGGAAGCCAUCAGUCCAACUGGGAGGAAGAGGAUGAUGUUGAGAUUGGAAUGUGGAACAGCAACUCUGCACAAGAUGGUAAUGCCUCUUUACACUGGCCACCAUACUCGAAAAAGAUGCCGCCUUCUAAGGGAACAAUGAAAAAUGGAAACAAACAAGAUGAAACAUGGAUAAAUCCAUUUGUGAAACAGUUUGCGAAUAUUGGCUUCCAUAGAGAGUCGCCAGAAGAAAUGAUGCAGAGCAAUAAGACAGACAUAUCUGGAGGGAUCUUGCCUGACAAACGGAUGGAGAUGGAGAAGCACAGCCUGAAUGCUGGUGAAUACAGCCGGGUGAUAGGAAAGGGCCUUAGCUCCCGCCCUCAGAUUUCCAAAGAGUCUUCCGUGGAUCGAAGUCCUUAUUUUGAUAAGGAUGGCCUUGUUGUAGCAGACGAUUCCCAGAACGUGCAGUUUGUGUCCAACCAGAACGUGAAGUUUCCCCUUUCAAACAGUGCACUACCUAACCAGGCCCUUGGCUCCCUAACAGGGCUGGGUAUGCAAAACUUGAAUUCUGUUAGACAGAAUGGCAACCCCAGUAUGUUUGGAAACCUGGCAGCACAGCCUCGGAGCAUACAGCACUCUCCAGCACAGCCUCUUAACUCCUCUCAGUCUAACCCGCGUGCUCAAGUGCCUCCUCCGCUACUCUCCCCUCAGGUUCCAGUAUCAUUGCUGAAGUAUGCACCAAGCAACGGGGGCCUGAAUCCGCUCUUUGGCCCUCAGCAGGUGGCCAUGUUGAACCAACUCUCCCAGCUAAACCAGCUUUCACAGAUCUCCCAGUUACAACGAUUGCUGGCCCAGCAGAGGAAAGUGCCGAGUCAGAGAAACGCGUCGGCUGCUGGCGGUGGUGGCCGCCCACCGCAAGAACAGCAGCAGAAUCGCUCCCUCAAUAUACAGCAACAAAUGAUGCAACAGUCUUGUCAGCUUGAUCCAAACCUGCUCAUGAAGCAGCAGCAACAGCAGCAGCAACAGCAGCUGCCGCCAUCCCAGCAGCAGCAGCUCCAUCAUUCCGCCAUGAAGUCUUUCCUGGAGAACGUUGUUCCCCACAGCAACCCAGAGCUGCAAAAAGGGCCGUCACAAAUCAACGCGUUCAGCAGCUUUCCCAUAGGACUGAACUCAAACUUGAAUGUAAAUAUGGACCUGGGCAGUAUUAAGGAGCCACAGUCCCGGCUGAGAAAAUGGACAACUGUGGACAGUAUUUCUGCUAACACUUCGUUGGAUCAAAAUGCCAGCAAAAAUGGUGCUCUUUCAAGUGGCUUUAGGUUGGAGGAAACUCCCUUCGUUCCCUACGACUUCAUGAACAGCAGCAACUCGCCAGCCAGCCCCCCUGGAUCAAUUGGGGACGGCUGGCCACGUGCCAAAUCGCCUAACGGUUCUAGCAGUGUCAAUUGGCCGCCAGAAUUUCGUCCUGGUGAGCCGUGGAAAGGUUACCCAAACAUCGACCCUGAAACUGACCCUUACAUCACUCCUGGCAGCGUCACAAACAAUCUGUCAAUUAACACUGUGCGGGAGGCUGACCACCUCAGGGACAGGAACAGCGCAGGGUCAUCCUCAUCUCUGAACACCACGCUGCCUUCAACUAGUGCCUGGUCAUCCAUUCGUGCCUCCAACUACAAUGUUUCCCUCAGCAGUUCAGCACAAAGCACUUCCUCUUCUUCAGCCAGAAACGCUGACUCCAAAUCCACUUGGUCUCCUGCUUCCGUUAACAACACCUCUCUGGCUCAUGAGCUAUGGAAGGUCCCUUUGCCACCCAAAAGCAUCGCUGCUCCGUCGCGCCCACCGCCGGGACUGACCGGGCAGAAGCUGCCUCUCUCCGCAUGGGACCCCUCUGGGCGGCUCGGGGGCAGCUGGAGCAACUCUGACACCAGAUACAGCCCGGGUUCCAGCUGGGGUGAGAGCAGCUCAGGGAGAAUAACCAACUGUCUUGUCCUGAAAAACCUCACGCCACAGAUUGAUGGCUCCACCCUGCGGACGCUGUGCAUGCAGCACGGGCCAUUGAUCACAUUCCACCUCAACCUGCCCCAUGGCAACGCGUUGGUCCGUUACAGUUCAAAGGAAGAGGUGGUGAAGGCACAAAAAUCUCUCCACAUGUGUGUCCUCGGGAACACUACGAUUCUUGCUGAGUUUGCCAGUGAAGAGGAGAUCAGCCGCUUCUUUGCACAAGGCCAGUCUCUAAUCCCCUCCCCUGCCUGGCAGUCUCUGGGCACAAGCCAGUCCCGCUUGGGAUCGAUGGAUGGCUCCCACGCAUUCGCCAACCGCAAUGACCUAAAUAAUCACUGGAAUGGUGCUGGGCUGUCAGGAACGAGCAGCAGAGACCUCCACGGCACAUCCCUUUGGGGGAGCCCCAACUAUUCCACAAGCCUCUGGGGCUCCCUGGGCAGCAGUGACACCAGGGGCCUGAGCAGCCCGUCCCCUCUCAACGCUUUCCUUUCCGUUGACCAUCUUGGGGUGGGGGGGGAGUCCCUGUAACCACCUCGUCCCUUUUUUCAGUGGAUAAAACUGUGACCUCAAAGCAGCACUAAAUGUGGAUCCCCCCCCCCCGCAGCCUCUAGGGGUCACCUGUGGAAAUGGUUAACCUUCUGCACAUUUUCCCACUUUGUUUUAGCCCAAAACAUGCCAGUUUGAAUACUUGAAUCAUGCAGGCCAAUAAUUAUAAUGUGAAAAAGUUAAUAGAUUUUACACUUCCAGAUAGUGCUAAUAUACAUAGUUUUAAAAAAGAAGCUAUGUAGGCUCAGCUUGCUCUCAUGUGUUUCAUCACUUGUUUUUUCUUGUGUUCAUCAUCAUUAUUAUUGCAACUUGCUGGUGGAGUUUGAGCUUUUUAAGCUUUGCACAGACUCUGUCCUUCUCCCUGCCUCACAAUAGUCCUGGUGGAAGUGGUGGUGGCAGCAGCAGGAGCUGAUCAGUGGCGUUUCCUGGAGGACAGACAGGUGUCCCUUGCUCCAGACCAGGAUGUGCCCCCCCAUGCCUUGAUGCCUACCUGCUCGCCCACCCACCCGCCCGCCAGCCAUCGUGUGGUGGCUCUCCAGCGCCAAACAAUCGAAUGAUUAGACUGACCUAGGAGUAUGAGUGGAAAAAAGAUUGCACCCGUCUGUUCACGUGGAAUUAAACUAAAGAAUGGAGCCUCUGCAGUUUCUAAAACUGCACGCACAGCUGUGACUUGCAACCCAGCCUGCUUCCCUGGGCAGGGUCCUGCACUUUUAAUAGGCUUUUUGUUUUUUAUUUUGGGGGAGGGGGGCUCCUCUGCUGGGGCGCUGCCUUGUUUACAGAAAUCUUUUUUUCUUUUUCUUUGAGAAACAAUGUUUACUCUUCCAUCACUUAUCUAUUUUUUAAAAACAAAAAACGUGGAUGAUAAAAGAUGCUUUCUAUCUCUGGGAAUAACAAGCAGUGUUUGGCCAUGUUCCAUUUGAGUUUUUCUAUUUCCAACCUCCUAAAUCGAAGAGCAUGGCUCUCAGGAAAACCAAGGUCCCCAGGAAAACGCCUCCUCGUAGUUUCUUAUAGGGAAAUGACUUUUAGCACUGAUUAUUACUUGCUCUGUAAACCUUCUUCUGCCAAAAAUUGCUUCAAAUCGCUGGAGUUUGACAUUCUGUGCUUUCCAAUGCUGUCUUUUUAAUAGUGUGGGGUGAGAGGCUGGUGCUUGGCUCUUAAUCUCCAGUUUCCUCCCAAGUUUUGUAACGCCCCCCCCCCCGUGUUCCUCUCUCCUCCUCCUCCCCCCCUUUGGUGUGGCCCCUCUUCCUGCUCUCGUGACUGUGUUCAGUGUUUAACCUUAAAGCUGAAGUAACUAUGCAGACUGUAACCAAGAAUUUGGGCUUACAGAAUUUUGUUGUAUAAAUUUUAAAUGUUUAAAAAGUUCUUGCAAAUACUUUUCUUGUGAAAGUGUUAAAAUCAUCUUCCUUUUUUGCCACAAAUGGUAUUAAUACCUGAUGCUUGUUUAGUUGGAGGAUGAAAAACUAAACAAGGAUAAAAAAAAAAGAAAAUUUUAACUGUGCUGAAAGAUGCUCUCAUUUCAUUGCCUUGAUUCUAACUGUUGUGUCUGAAGAUGCAAAAGUCGUCAGUGGCUUUUUAACUGUUUACAAAUAGAGUGUGAUUGUAAAAUGUACAGUUUGGGUUGUGUUCUAAUUAUGAAGUUUCUCCAGAUAUUAAUAAAUCAUGACAUUUUUUGGCUGCUUACCAUAGAACUGUCUG